AUGAGUAGGCUAGACCGGUUCAUACUAUCUGAAGGGCUGAUUGAUAUGUGGGAAAUAAAGGGACAAUUUGUUGAGAGUCGCAGUAUUUCAGAUCAUUGUCCUAUUGCUAUCAGAGCAAGUGUACUAAAUUGGGGCCCGAAGCCGUUUAAAUUCUUUACGGCUUGGAUAAAACAUCCUAGCUUUUUACCUUUUAUAAAUGAUGUUUGGUCUUCGACGGUAAUUCAAGGUCAUAAAUUAUUUUGUUUUAAAGAAAAACUCAAGAUCCUCAAGGCUAGGCUGAGAAUUUGGAAUGCUGAAGUGUUUGGCAUACAGGAUAUGCAAAUUGAUUUGGCUUUUAAGGAGUUAUCCGAAUCUGAUAUAAUGGCUGCGGCUAUUCUGGAUGAUGCAUCAGUGAGUAUUUUCCAGGACAACCGUAAGAAGGCGCACGCAAGGGUUUGGGAUAGGUUGCUUGAAAGGGAAUCUCUUAUUAGACAGAAAUCUCGGUGUAGGUGGCUAAAGGAAGGAGAUAGGAACUCAAAUUUUUUUCAUUCAUUCAUGAAAUCAAGGUUUCGGCGUAACUCGAUUAGUGGAUUAAAACAAGGAGCUGAUAUGAUUGAUGAUGUGGUGGGGAUAAAGAGUAUGAAAAUAGAGCACUUUAAUGAUCGUUUUCAAGAAAAGAUUAAGAAUAGGCCCGUUCUUGAUGGUGUUGCUUUCAAUGAAAUUUUGCCUUUAGAAGCUGCAAGCCUAGAGGAGUCUUUUUCUAUGUAG